UUAGAACGAUCAAAACAAAACUUCUUUUUCUUUCUUUUUUCCCCUUAUCUUCUUCAUCGUCAUCAUGUCUACCAUAAGAUAAAGCAAAUUAAGUUUGGGUUGUAUUUGGAUAUAUACAUAUUGAGAAGAGUAAGCUUUGGUUAUUAUCUUCUGGUUUUUGAAUAUGGGCACUGGUUGGAGAAGAGCCUUCUGCACAACGAUACCCCGAGAUUCAGAAAUCACCACACCUUCAGAUAAGCAACAACACUUUGCUAGUCCUAGUAAUAGUCCAGGCCCCAGAAGUUGCACAAAGCUAGGGUUUUUUACGGCUAGUAGCAAUCCUUCUACUCCUCGCUUGCAGUCUCAACCAGUCUCAAGCCCCAGCUCGCCUUGCCGGAAUACAACUCUCGAAACAGCUUCCACAAAUGAGAGUUGCAGAGUCCAAUGCAAAAGCACACCCAAAUCAACCAAGAGUCCUAAAACAUUACAGGGUUCUAACCCAAACUCUCCUCGAUCCCCUCUCAAGUUAUCUCUCUUCAAGAACAGCUUCAAGUUCAGAAGUAGCUGCGGAAUCUGUUUGAACAGCGUGAAGACAGGUCAGGGCACAGCCAUCUACACAGCAGAAUGCUCACACGCCUUUCACUUCCACUGCAUAGCCUCCCACGUAAGCAAGCAUCGCAGCCUCGUCUGCCCCGUCUGCAACGCCACCUGGACAGACGUUCCUUUACUCUCCGUCCACAAAAAUAUGGGCGCUGCGGAAAACCCCCAUCAAAACCACAUCGACUCACACAACAAAAUCAUCAAGACUAAAAUAGAAGAAAGGAAGAUGAUUGAAUCUUCCCCCAGACUUGUUAAAUCCUUCAAACAAGAACCAAGGCCAGAAUCAAGAUCCUACGAUGACGACGAGCCAUUGAUAUCUCCGACUGCUGGAGCUGGUCGUUUCAUUCCCAUACCUGAGGCAGAUGAAAAUGUCGAAGAAGAGGAAGAUGAUGUUGAAGAGUUUCAAGGCUUUUUCGUCAAUUCAAAAUCUUCAUCUUCUCUCAAAUCCGAUCAAGUUCAUUUUUACGACGGAGAUUCACGGCAUGUUCAGAUUAGACUGUUACCAGAAUCUGCUGUUAUAUCUGUUGGUAGGAAUUAUGAGACGUAUGCAGUAGCAUUGAGGGUGAAAGCACCGCCUCCGUCACCAGUCGUUAAAAGCAACAACACGGCGUCGCAUCGUGCGCCUAUCGAUUUGGUGACCGUACUUGAUGUUAGUGGCAGCAUGACUGGAGCCAAGUUGCAAAUGUUAAAACGCGCCAUGCGUUUGGUUAUUUCCUCUUUCGGCUCGGCUGAUCGGCUUUCUAUUGUGGCUUUUUCUGCAAGUUCUAAGAGAUUGUUGCCUUUGAGGAGAAUGACGGCUCAGGGUCAGCGCGCUGCUCUGCGCAUUGUUGACCGUCUUGUGUGUAGUCAAGGUAAUAGCUUGGCUGAUGCUUUAAGGAAAGCCACUAAAGUGCUUGAAGAUCGGAGAGAAAGAAAUCCAGUUGCAAGUAUCAUGUUAUUUUCCGACGGUCAGGAUGAGAGAACACAGGUUAAUGCCGCAAAUCAACGGCGACGAGGAAGCCACGCGUCCUCCACGCGCUUCGCUCACAUUGAGAUCCCGGUUCAUUCAUUUGGUUUUGGCCAAAGCGGCGGCUACAGCCAAGAGCCAGGCGCGGACGCUUUUGCUAAAUGCGUUGGCGGGUUAUUAAGUGUAGUUGUACAAGAUUUACGAAUCCAGCUCAAUUUCGCCGCACCUGCUGAGAUUGCAGCUGUCUAUUCAUGCAAUGGAAAGCCGACUAUCCUCAGCUCAGUCUCGGCACGGCUUGGAGAUUUAUACGCCGAAGAAGAAAGGGAGUUACUGGUGGAGUUGAGAGUCCCUACGGCGGCGGUUAGAUCCCAUCACGUGAUGUCAGUGAAGUGUCUUUACAAAGAUCCCGCCACUCAAGCAGUCAUGUACGGCGCAGAUCAAGCGUUUUUGGUACCAUGCCCGCACGCCGUUAGAUCAUCAGCACCGAAAAUCGAACGGUUAAGAAAUCUAUUCAUCAGUACCCGAGCCAUAGCCGAGUCACGAAGAUUAAUUGAGCACAACGAUUUUACCAGCGCACAUCAUUUGCUAGCGUCGGCGCGAGCUCUUUUAAUUCACUCCAGCGCCGAAUCAGCUGACGAUUAUGUGAAAGCAUUGGAGGCAGAAUUAGCAGAAUUGCAUCGGAGAAAACAGUAUUUGUUAGAGCAACAACAAAUGAUGAUGCAACGUCGAAGAGCGGGCGAGAGGGAAGCGAUGGUUGUGACAGAUGAAAACGGAGAGCCGCUUACUCCGACUUCGGCUUGGAGAGCGGCUGAGAAGCUGGCUAAAGUGGCCAUGAUGAAGAAGUCGAUGAAUAGAGACAGCGAUUUGCACGGCUUCGAAAACGCUAGAUUCUAAUUAUCAUAUUUUAUUAAGAAAUUAAAAAGAAAAAAAAUUGGACUUGGCGCCGGUAGGGACAAGUUGGCAGCAGACGGCGCGGGCCUUUCUGCCUUAGGAGGAGAAAAUUAGGCCCACUCUUCGUUGAUUGGGUGGUUGCAUUAAGCUUGUUUCUUGUAUUGAGAGACUCCAUUUCUUUGUAGGGAUUUAUUAUCAUCAUCAACAUCUUAGAAAGAGCUGUAAAUGCUAGUGCAAUGGAGUUUUUAAUUUGCCCUUUUA